GAAACCCACACCUUGUCACCAUGGACGAUAGAACCUCGUUUGAAAUUGAGCAUCAAGCUUUAUUGGAAAAAGCUCUCCAAGGUUUCGAACAGCUGGUGUCAAAUCUGAAUCAUUUCAAUCGUAAUCUGGAAACAGUGGCCACCAUCGGCCAAGAAUUCGAACAACCAUCCAAGUUAUGGCACGAUUUUCAUACCGCGAUCAAGACUCCUCAACCUGGCGCGAAAGAUAAUGUCGAGUCGUCCUAGUUGAACUAUUAUUGCUCGUCCAUUUGAUUUGCAAACGCAAACACACGGCUGAUCCACCCAGCGGGGGACGUUCCAGUGAGCUGGCCAGGGGCCGGCAGUCAAGCGCGCUUACGCUAUUUGAGUGAAAUCCUAUCACACGAUAACCUCCGAUAUUCCCACUAGAUCGGUUCAUCCAGGACCAACAGAAAUUGAUCAAGAACAAUAAUAAAC